AUGUCUACGGUCUUUAACCCUCCACCUUUCGCCGCCCCUGUUCGACAGCCUGUAUAUGCUGCAGCUCCUGCCGCGGUUGUGGUCCCCGCGAUACCAAGUGGGACUUUCGUACCUGGCACAAAAGUCCAGGUGGGCGGGCACAGAGUGGUCAUAGAGAAGUAUCUAUCUGAGGGAGGUUUCGCUCAUGUCUACCUCGUACGGCUACCAAAACCGGUGGAUGGAGAUGAUGGUGCGGUUCUCAAAAGAGUUGCUGUACCCGACAAGGAGGCUUUGGCCAGUAUGCGGACAGAGGUAGAAACAAUGAAGAAGCUGAAGGGCCGCCGUCAAAUCGUCAACUACAUUGAUUCUCACGCUUCGCAAUUGAAAGGAGGGGGCUAUGAAGUAUUUCUACUUAUGGAAUAUUGUAACGGCGGAGGAUUGAUUGACUUCAUGAAUACUCGUUUACAGAAUCGCCUCACCGAGCCCGAGGUCCUAAAAAUCUUCUCAGAUGUUGCCCUUGGCGUGGCAUGCAUGCAUUACCUCAAACCGCCCCUCCUACAUCGAGAUCUGAAGGUCGAAAACGUCCUCAUCACAGUUUCCGGCUCCACGCGGCGUUACAAGCUCUGUGAUUUCGGGUCAACUGCUCCUCCAAGGCCCGCUGCUACAAGCGCAGUUGAGGGUAGAUUGAUCGAGGAUGACGUGCAGAAAAACACUACGUUGCAAUAUCGAAGCCCUGAAAUGAUCGAUGUCUACCGGAAGCAGCCCAUAGAUGAGAAGAGUGAUAUCUGGGCGCUUGGGGUAUUGUUAUACAAGCUCUGCUACUACAAGACACCAUUUGAGGAACAGGGGCAGAUGGCGAUACUCAAUGCGAGCUUCAAAUUCCCAGGGUAUCCGUCAUUUUCCGAUCAAAUAAAGAAGCUGAUAGCUCAAAUGCUCAGGGAGAAUCCGCAACAGCGGCCUAACAUAUAUCAGGCAAUACGCGAGGUGUGCCUGAUACGAGGCACAGAUAUCCCAAUCAAAGAUAUAUAUUCUGGCCGGACGCAGUCGGGUGUUCAACGGAACCAACAUCUACCUUCCCCUGAACCAAACCUCACUUCCCCACCUAUGGUAGGCGCUUUCAAAGCGCCUCUCGUUGAAGAGAAACAGACCAUACCAGACAUCACUCCAAUGCGCCGUGGAAGGCCCACCAAAGCUGGUGCAGAUCACAAGCCUAAACCAAGUCCAUCUCCAUUAAGAGCUGUCGCGAACGACCCUUUCGUUGCCCUCGACGCGGCUCCAACCACUUUACCUGAACCGCCGGUCCCAGAUGACCCUUCAGUACGAUUCCCUCCUCUGGACGAGUUCUCAUUGCUUCAUGACUCCGGAAGCAAGUUUGCAUUUGAUGCUGAAGCAAAGAGCAAGCCUCCAAAAGACAUCAGUCAACGCGUGACCGAUGCGUUAGCAGACGAUGCCUUUGCUCAGCCGAAAGCAAGCACCAAAACUCCCAUUCAAACGCCGUCAAAACCUCAUGCACAUACUCCGAGCCUCGAAGUAAAGCCAAAGCCUACCGUCGAUGAUAUGGCAAAGUCGAAAGCCAUUCCGUACCCCAAGCGUCAAGACUCAGCUCCUCAAAGACCUACAAUGGUAUCAAUUGGUACCAUGACAUCGCCAUCUCCACCUUCCCCCACCUUACAGAACACCGCCAAUUCCCAUCGUCCAAUUUUUCGCUUUCCCCCUUCUUCUCCAACUCACCGGUCCUCAAGCCAGCCAAGAGUAUCUGAUGCACCGGAGUUGGAAGUUACUUCCUUUCAGACUGAUGGUGUGGGCCAAAAGCGGCCCAACUUCCUUGACCAUAGAUCUAAAUCCCAAAUCUUGAAUGAAGAGUCCUCAAAGGCCUACCAACCCUCACUUGAGGUGAGGCAUCGGUCUGCGUUCCUUAGUGGUGUAGAUGUCACGGUUCAGCGGUCGAAGUCGGCAAAUUCGAAAGCGAGACCGUCGAGCGUCCAAACACCGUCAAAGCCAAACCUCUUGCGCAGACUAUCUCGGGAGAAAUCUAAACUCGAGGAACCAAAUCAGGAAUCAGUCAAUGCUCCACUUCUGACCUCGGCCUUGACAGGAGAAGCGAGUGAUGGAGAGGAAGCAGUCAGAAUAGACUCCGACGUGGACUUUCUGAAGGCCAUGGAAGAGGAAGAUGCCUCGAAGCGGAAGGAGAAACGGAUUAGCAGCGGAUCAAGGCACAUAAAGAGGGCUAGCAUGCCAUCAGUAUCGCUGUCAGGGACCAAAUCCCUCCUCGCUGGCCGAUUUGGAGAGGCUUUCCGGCGCUUUGAGACAAACACUGGAGCUCCGGAACAACGAGACUCAAGCCGUUCACCUGUGCGUGGAAACGAUCUCACGCCAAUCGCAGGCUCUGAGGCAACAGACGGUAGGAGUGAUGAUGGUAAUGCUCUCGAAGAGUCUGAAGAGGUUCCUCCAGAGAUGCGGCGAGAACUCGAGCGGCGCCGACUGUCCCAGGAGGAGAAACGGGUCGCUGAUGCUGCGGCUGCUUACCGACAACGUCUUGCUGAAGGUGGUGACGAUGGCAAACGGCGGCCGGCCGGGUUGAACAACAAGGCUGCUUCUAUUCAAAGCAAAGUCCAGUCGCUGCUUGAUGAAAGCGGCAGAGCUUCACCAUCACCAACAAAGACUGCAUCAGGAUAUGGCCACUUCACAGAUUCCUCAGACGAGCAGCCAGUUCGACAAGCUCAGCCCGUCCAUCCGCCUCGAACCACCUCUCGUCAGACACCAGCACAUCCAUCGGAUGGCUUAAGUUCCCAAAUGCGACCACAAUCGAAACCCCUACCUGACAUGCCUCCAACCGUUGGCCGACCCAAUCUAUCCUUGUCGAAUCGACCACCGCUCCUCCAGAACCUUCCCCGUCACAGCGCGCCUGCAACCGAACAGCCAUUCACCCGCCCUACUGGCCCACCCAAGCCGCAACCGAAACCUCAAAUCCUCCGGACGGGCGACAGACCGCCAUCACCUGCCAAACCUCCAUCUCUCGUCGCCAGGAAACCGCUUCCUUCGCGGCUGCAACAGCAGCAAUCACUUCCUGAGACAUCGUCGUUGGACGCUGCCGACGAUGACUGGGAAACCACUUUCAGUAAACGCUACCCUGACCUCUCCGGCUUGGAAAUGGUAGAGACAGAGAUUGAUGGUGGGGCUGGAGGUACAAGCACGCAAGGCAGUGGGAAGGAAAUGAGGGUUAGGGAUGUUUAG